AAGAGGGAAGGGUUAGAGAAGGGGAAGGGCGGCAGGGAAGCCAGGACGGGGAGUGCGGUCCCUUUAAGGCUCUGAGGGUGAGCUCAGCUCAGCUCGCCCUGCCCCUCUAAAGCUCCUCCCCUCCCUCAAUUUCCCCUCCUCCCAUUCCCCCGGCGGUGGCAGCGGCGGCGGCCCAGUGCGCGUGCGCGCUUUCUCAGCGACUCCCGGCGCUGUUCCAGUCAUCUCGGCCCCGGCGGCUGCUCCGGCACCAGAGAGACUCGGGCUCCAGCCCCGCCGCCGCCUCUCCGGCCCGCCAUGGGCUCCUGAGGGUCGCUUCCCGCUCCCAGGGCUUCCCUAAGGGAAGCCGUCGCUGAGAAGCACCAUGAUGGUGACCCAGGCUGUGCUGGCCCCCGAGCCGGCCUCCCCGCCCACCACAGCCGCGCCCCCCAGCUUCUCCUGGAUCCCCGAGGGCAGCCCAACCGCUGUGGAGCAGCCCAUCUUCCUGAUGACCACGGCCGCUCAGGCCAUCUCCGGCUUCUUUGUGUGGACGGCUCUGCUCAUCACUGGCCACCAGAUCUACAGACACCUGCGCUGCUACAGCUGCCCCAAUGAGCAGCGCUACAUCGUCCGCAUCCUCUUCAUUGUGCCCAUCUAUGCCUUCGACUCCUGGCUCAGCCUCCUCUUCUUCACCAAUGACCAGUACUACGUCUACUUUGGCACUGUACGCGACUGCUACGAGGCUUUUGUCAUCUACAACUUUCUGAGUCUCUGCUAUGAAUACCUUGGAGGAGAGAGUGCCAUUAUGUCAGAGAUCCGAGGAAGAUCCAUUGAGUCAAGCUGCAUGUACGGUACCUGCUGCCUCUGGGGGAAGACGUACUCGAUUGGCUUCCUCAGGUUCUGCAAACAGGCCACCCUGCAGUUCUGUGUGGUGAAACCCCUCAUGGCCGUCAGCACAGUUAUCCUCCAGGCCUUCGGAAAGUACCGGGACGGUGACUUUGAUGUGACCAGUGGCUACCUCUAUGUGACGAUCAUCUACAACAUCUCAGUCAGCCUGGCGCUCUACGCCCUCUUCCUGUUCUACUUUGCCACCCGGGAGCUGCUCAGCCCCUAUAGCCCCGUCCUCAAAUUCUUCAUGGUCAAGUCGGUCAUCUUUCUUUCCUUCUGGCAAGGUAUGCUUCUGGCCAUCCUAGAGAAGUGUGGGGCCAUCCCCAAGAUCCACUCAGCCGAGGUGUCGGUCGGGGAGGGCACUGUGGCUGCCGGCUACCAGGACUUCAUCAUCUGUGUGGAAAUGUUCUUUGCCUCCCUGGCCCUGCGCCACGCCUUCACCUACAAGGUCUAUGCCGACAAACGACUCGAUGCCCAAGUGCCGGCGUAUGGCCCCUACGGCCGCUGCGCUCCCAUGAAGAGCAUCUCUAGCAGCCUCAAGGAGACCAUGAACCCCCACGAUAUCGUGCAGGACGCCAUCCACAAUUUCUCCCCAGCCUACCAGCAGUACACGCAGCAGUCCACGCUGGAGCACGGCCCCUCCUGGAGGGAUGGCGCCCACGUGCUGGCCCGCUCCCACAGCCUGGGUGGCGGCGGCCGGGACAACGAGAAGACCCUGCUGCUGAGCUCCGACGACGAAUUCUAGGAGCCGCUGGGCCGGAGGACCGGGCUGCCCUCCCGCCCUCCCCGAGGCAAGGGGACGCUGGGAAGGAGCACAGCCUUGGAAUCUUCCUUUAAUUUAUUGAACCAGAAACACUCGAGUCAGAUCACUUCCCCAUGGCAGGAGGAGCAGCCCAGCAUCGGGCACCACCCACACGGGAACACGCCCGGGUUUGUCUCACGGGGAGUAACUCUAAGUGACGAGCCUGGUGGUCCCCUCGGCUUAGGGGACAGGGAACCUGGGAGAGAGCAGUCCGAGCACGUGGCUUGGGGGCCCUGCUGUGGUCCCCACCCCCAUCCCCCAACGAUUUCAGGGCAUGGGGCACAGUGGCCCCUCCCACCUUCUCCCCCAGCCCUCCACACUUAGAGCUGGUGCCAAGCCAGCCCCAGGGAUGGGACAGGGCGCAGCCCCCAUUCCCCACCUCAUUGUGCAAUACUUCCCUCCCUCCUCCUUCCUUUGUUCCUGGUGGGUGUCUCAGCCUUGCUCCAGAGAGAGAAAGUGGAAGGAACCUGGGACCCUCUCUCCUUCACUCCCUCCUUCUGGAGGUAAUGGGGCCAUUCUUCACAGCAUGGGCUUGCCAGGCAGAAGGGCUGCCGCCACCCACGGUACCCUCACAGGGGGCCCGCAGGCUGCUCCUACUGCCAGCUUCUCAUGGAAACCAGGGGUGCCCAGCCCCAGCCUCCUCCAGAGACACCCCACCUUGUCCUCUGGGAGGACACUGCCUCUGGGCGGGGGUAGGAAUCCCACGGUGGGCCUCAGGGUUGGUCAUGGUCAUUGAUGUCUCAGCCCAAUAUCUCUAAUGAUUCCCAGCAGCCUGAAUGCCAGUCCUCCACAGAGAGUCCAGAGGAGAAGGGAGGAAAGGAAAUGAGGCCCAGCCCCCCGCCCCCAACACCCCUCCCCGCCCUCCGGCCUGGCCGGGCUUCCCAGAAGCCUUGUCUCUUGUGUGCCUUAGUUUCACUGCAGUCCCUUCCCCUGCCCUCCCAGCCAGGCGUGUCCACUCGCCCCAGCCCCCUCACUGGGAGCCGGCUGCUACCUGGACUUUGCCAGUAGGAUCUCUGGGCUCUGAGGCCUGGGGGGCCCUCAGCAGGUUUCAGGAUGCCCCCCACCCCCCAUCCCUACCUUGAGGCCUCUUCCCAGGUGAGGAGGCAGGACCGGGCAGUAGAGGCCGAAUGAGCAAAUCUUACCUUGUAAUUAAUGAAUCAGAAUUCUGAAAUGCAUGAAACAUCCACCUUGUCCCCUGGCCUUGUGGGGAGAGGGCUGUGGGAACCAGGGAGCCCCACCUUCAGGAGGGAAGGCUCCUGAUUUUUGGGCCUUUCCUGAGAACAGAUGAGGGGAGAGAGGCUUAUUGAUCGAUACCUUCCCACCAAGGGUCUUCCUAGUGGCUUGGGCUGGGGGCUGGAGAGGUAAACCCCAGCGCGUGGGACAGCCCAGCGGGGGGCGGGAGGCCCCAGCCUCUCUUCCUGUGAUCCUGGUGGUGAAUCAGAAAUGAGCUGCCCCCUCCCUGGGUGGAACCGGGCCCCCUGCCCCAACAAGGACAGGCCCAGCUGGUGCCCACCUGUCCUCAGCCACCGGGCAGAUACAUGGUCCCCUCUCCCUCCUCUGCUGUCGUCGCACCUCUGGGCCAGAGUGGCGGUGGCUGCCCCACGGUGAAGGCCUUUGCCAGAGCCCCCCUGGGGCAGCAGGCAGGAGGGGACCCUCCCUCCUGCUCUUUGUAUGUGGCCCUUGCCCCCCCCCCUUUUUAUGUUAUUCUUUUCAGGUAGAGUAGCUCUUUGUAUAUAAAGAAGAUGGGACACCUUCGUUGUAUGAUCCGAAAAGCCAGAGGCACCUAGUUUUGUACGACAGGCAGGACCCCUGCGGCUCCCCCAGGAAGCAGCUCCCUCUAUUUUGGUCUCUGUGAUAUUUUCAAGGCGCCGGGACAGGAGCAAGCAGAGAAGCGGAGAGAUUAUAUAUAUAUAUAAAUAUGUCUAUCUAUAUAUAUAUGAGAUAAUAUAGAUUGUACUGAAAUCA